GGUGAUGAUGCAGCUGGCCAAGAAGGUUCCCUUCGAAAACCCCGAUGUCCUUCUUCUGGUCCGUGGCAUGUACAUCUUGUCCAACGUGAUCAUCCUCGGCAUCUACCUUUAUACGCAGUCCAAGAUCAACAAAAAGAAUGAUUUGACUACCCUGAAAUAUGUGGAGCCUGCUCCCGUGGGAAGCGGCGAGGAGCCCCGUCCGGUGACCACCACCAACAUGGAGUACGACAAGCAGCAGCUGCGCCAGCUGAUGAGGAGCCAAUUGAUGGGUGUCGGCAUGAUGGGUGUGAUGCACCUCUACUUCAAGUACACCAACCCUCUUCUGAUCCAGUCGAUCAUCCCUCUCAAAGGUGCCUUCGAGGCGAACCUGGUCAAGAUUCACGUCUUCGGAAAGCCCGCCACUGGCGAUCUCCAGCGCCCCUUCAAGGCCGCCAACAGCUUCCUGAACCAGGGCCAGAUCAAGAGCGACAAGGCGUCCGUUGAGAACGCGGAGAAGAACUGGAGGGGUGGUGUCAAGGAAGAGUAGACGUCAGGAUAAGAGGAUGACGUGCAAGCAUUUUGCGAAGACCUUGCUUCCUGUGUAUUUAUAGAUGUGGUGUCAAUGGAGUGAGAGCAAAUCCGAAAUGGAUCUGCGCCUUUCUGGCAUCACACUAGCUUUCUAGCUUUUGUGAUGGGACAUGUUAUACUUAUGACCUAUUCAUGCUGUCGAUAUCGUUCGCUAUGACCCCUUAUCAUUAUAAUAGACACACAUCGGUCGUGA